CUGUUCCUGCUGAUUGGCCCAAAGUUUGUGAGAGGUGUUUUGCGGCAACGGCAGUAUGAUGGUCCCAUAAAUGAAAAGGCUCAGAGGAGUCUGCGCGCCGACUCAGUGACCAGAGGCACCAAGACCCUCCAGCUGAGAGGAGAGACCCCCCGACACGACCCGGUCCCCUCACCUGUCUCAGCAGCCAUGCUUGCUGCAUGCUUGGAGUUCGUCGGCCUGGCGCUGUGCCUCACGGGCACCCUGCUGGUGAUGGUCGCCUGCGGGCUGCCCAUGUGGAAGGUGACCGCGUUCAUCGACUCCAACAUCGUGGUGGCACAGACCAUCUGGGACGGCCUGUGGAUGUCCUGCGUGGUCCAGAGCACCGGGCAGAUGCAGUGCAAGGUCCACGACUCGGUCCUGUCCCUGACGCAGGACCUGCAGACGGCCCGGGCGCUCACGGUCAUCUCCGCCGUGCUGGCGGUCAUCGCGCUCACGGUGACGGUGGCCGGGGCGCAGUGCACCAACUGCCUCCGGGAGGAGACCGUGAAGGCGAAGGUGGUGAACACCGGGGGGGUCCUGUACAUCCUCAGCGGCCUGUUCGUGCUGGUGCCGCUCUGCUGGAUGGCCAACAGCAUCAUCGUGGACUUCUACGACCCGCAGGUGCCUCCGUCCAAGAAGCGGGAGAUCGGGGCGGCGAUCUACAUCGGCUGGGCGGCCACCGCGCUGCUGCUGCUCGGCGGCACCCUGCUGUGCUGCUCCUUCUCCCGGGCGGUGAGGGGCGCGUAUCCCAUCAAAUACGCGCCCACCAAGAGCAUCACAGUGAAUAGCGACUUUGACAAGAAGCAUUAUGUGUAAAAGUCGAAGUUUCACAUUGGGGACCUCUUGUUUUCGGGCUGAGCUGGGACAUUUUUCUGCUGUUCAAGUCCGAGGUGAUGCGUGCCAAAGCCAGUGGUGUAUAAAGUACUUGAAAGCCAUACUUGAGUAAAAGUACAGAUAUCUGACCUGAGAGUGACUUCGGUAAAAGUAAGAGUCACCCGUCAGAAAAUGACCUGAGUAAAAGUCUUAAAGUAGCUCAUAUUAAAAGUACUUAAGUAUCAAAGUAUCUGGUGUUGAAAUGUACUUAAGUAUCAAAAGUAAAAGUACAAGUACCAAAAUUAAAAAGUGCUUUUUAUAGUAGUCCUAUACAGACACAAAACAACCCAAAAUGUUUCUCCUCAAGAUUUAUCUCAACUGACUGAAAAAUUAUAACAACAAUAUGAAUAUAAUGUAUAAUUUUACUAAUUUUGAACCCUAGAUGAGAGAGAGAGAGAGAGAACCUCCGCUGCUCAAGUAACGAGCCAGUUUGAGAUUUUUUUGUUCAAAUGUAACGAGUAAAAGUAAAAAGUCAUCAGGAAAAUAAAUACUCAGGUAAAGUACUGAUAUGUGAAAAAUCUACUUAAAUACAGUGGAAGUAGAAAUACUUUGUUACUUCCCACCACUGGCCAAAGCGCAGGGUAAUACUGGGGUGACGCCCAUGUGAUGCUCUACAGACGUUAAAAGCACAUUGUGACUGUAACUCUUGUACUAUGCAUGAUCUGAAUGUCAUUUCUCUGGAGGUUUUUUUCCUGUAGCAGAAGUUGUUGGUGCUGCGAGUGUUGUAAUCAGGUCAGGGUGCAGGUUGGGUCAAGUGUGGACCCUCAGCUGAAUAUCUGCACAGCUUCAUUGUAAAUAUAGUUUGUUCUUCCUCUGGACUAGUUUGGCUCAGUUCCCACAGUGGACAUGCAGCAGACAGUGGAGCCCAUCAGACCGACGUGCACUCAUGUUGUGAUCAGAGGAGGGAAUUUGCAUUUGAAUACAUGUACAGUGUUUUGACCUUCAUGUCUUUUUUCAAGUCUCUCAAUAGACACAUUUUCUAAUAAAAACAUGUAACUGUC